CCAUUUGGGCACGGAGGGGGGGGAAACGUCUUGUACUCUCCCCCCUUCAGCCAGCCAAUGAAUAAGAGCGGCUCAAGCUCAACCUCCGGCGGGAAAAUGGCGGCGGAUUCUUUCUCUGUUCUUUAUGGGCGGCUGAAGGAGCUGGGCUGCCCUGCCCUUGAGGGUGUCUUCUUGUCAGAGGCUAAAGACAUGCAGAAGUUGCUGUGUACUCCUUCAUCCCAUCGCCUGGACAUAUUGGAAUGGAUUUGCACCUGUGUGCAUCCACCCCUCCAGGAGCAAUUCUCAUCUCUCAAGGAAUCAGAGUCAGAUUUAAAAAUAAGAGAGAUGGCGAAGCUGGGCUAUGAAUUGAUGCUUUGCCAAGCUGAUGACCUGGAUCUUAUCAAGGGAAAGGCCUCUGCCCAGAAGCAGCUCUAUUUCCUGGAAAAACUAGUGGCUGUGAUUCUGCCUCAGGGUGAUUUUGCUGUAUCUGGCUCAGUAUCUGACUCCAGCAUUUAUUCCAGCACUGAGGAAUCUUUCGAGGAGAUAGCCAGGAAGAAUGAAGAAUUCAUUAAACAGGUUUUCACCAGCUCUGAUCUGCAGGCUGUGUUGAGCCCAGAGUGUUACCCCUGGAGCUCAGACAUCAAGUUCCUCCUGAAAGAUGAAGAAGUAUUGCAUAAAAGGCUUCCCCUAUCAGCAACUUCCCAUGAGAAGACCCUUAUGGAUGCACUGAAAGAGCUGGAAGACACAGUGGCAUCCUUGACAGAACUGAAAACCCAGUGUCCCUUCCUGCAGGAAGACCUGGAUGUUGCAGAUACAUCCGUUGACAGUGUCACAGCUCUACAGACCCUCAAGCUGAUUACUUCUGACUUCAGCCAGCUAUUGCUGGCCUUCGAACAAGUUUAUGAGAAUGAGCUGCAGCAGCAUUGUGAGCGUCUGACUCCCAUGCUGAGCCCCUGCGGGCCCCUCUUCCAAGCAGUGCACGAAAGCUUGACACUCUGCAUGCAGGAGUUGCAAGCUCUGGCCCAGGUUACAGAAACCUCUAAGUGCCUUAUGGAGACAGUGAAACAGAGGCAUGAAGAAAAGGUGGUUUGGAGCGGCAGUGCCAAAUCCUCAUUAUGGGAAGACAAUUUGAGGGAAGAUAUAAUGGAAUCUAUUUUCAAAACCAAAAAGAGGGAGAGACUGUUAAGCAUAAAUCAAAGCUUCAAAGCUUGAAGAACUGAAACAGAAGUACAAGACUAUCCAUGCCACAUUGAAGGACUGCCCAUGACCCUGGACUUGAACAGACUACAAAUUAUUGGGAAAUUUAAGGAAAAGAAAUGGACUGUCAUUGGGAUGAAAGAGAUUAGACACGACACAGCAGGCAGCCUGGAAAGCAGUGGUUGUUAUAGUCCCCAGUGUAAAUAAAGAGUUAAAAAUAAAAGGUGUCUUCUUUGAACAUUGUUCAUAUUCUGGUAAUUAAAGGGAACUCCCUCCAUCCCUACCAAGUUUUCUGGUCUGUUAUCCUGGUAUAGUUUUCACUACCUGUGAUAACUGUGUAUGUGUGUGUUGUUUUGUGGGGUGUUUUGUUUUGUUGUUUUUAAGAUCAAGCUUGAACUCUCCUGCUGGUUUACCAUCAACAUCCUCUCAAUUUUUGUUGAUAAAAAUGAGCAAAUUUCCCCUUUCUACACCUGCCUACACUCAUGUAUGGGCACAUAUAGAUGGCACCUUCUUACUUAAUUACCUCCAUUGUUCUCAGUAAAGCACCAUGGCAGGAAAACCCAUCUGCAAAAGGCAGGGAUGAGGAAAAUAUGGCCCUCUUGCUGCUGUUAGACUGCAACUUUUAUCAGUCUUAGCCAGCAUAGCCAAUAUUGAAGGAUCGUGGGAGCUGCUGUCUAGUUUUAUUUGCUUACAAUGAACUAUAAACAACCACUAAAGCAAAAUUACUUCAGUAUAACAUUAAAUAUGUUCUGUUCA